AUGCAAACGAAUAAUCUUGUCAAAAAUUAUGGUGUACAAAAUAGUACAAUGGAUGAUGUAUUCUUAAAAAUUACAAGAGAUACUAAAGAUGGAAGUGAAACUGGAUCAGCAGCAUAUGAUAUAGAAAAAAUUGAUGAUCAAUGCCGUCAUGUUUUUGAUGAUAGACAAUUUUACACUGGUUGGCGUUAUUAUUUAAAUCAAUUAUAUGGCUUACUCAUAAAAACAUUACUUGUACGUUAUCGUCGUUGGGGAAUAACAACUGUUGUUCUUUUAUUACCUAUUGCAUACAAUCUUUUAUCAAAUAUACUUUCUCGAACUCAAGGAACAAAUGAUACUUUUAAAAUGCAACCAAUUUCACUUAAUCCACAAACAAUUCUCUAUAAUGCAGAUCCAAGUAUAGAAAAUUACUUUCUAGCAGCUAUUGGUGCUCAAUCAAAUGGUUUAAAACUUGAAAAAAGAUUAGAAAAUAUGUCUAGCAUAGAUAAAUAUAUUUGGCAAAAACGAAUGGAUCGUCCAUAUACUUAUACAGAUAUUUAUCUUGGUUUUCAUAUUCCUGCACCACAAGGAGAUACAUAUAAAAUUCAAACAUUAUCAUCUAAUUUAAUAUCCGGCUAUGAAGUUUUUUCAGUUGCAUCAGAUCUAUUUUAUAAAUAUACAUUAAAUGAUACAAGUGCAUCAAUUCAAUCAACACUUAUUUAUAAAAAAACAGGAAAUCUCACUAUAGAACCAACACUUGGUAGUGUAUUCAAUCUAUUGAGUAUAGUUUCAUGCUCUCUCAAAAUUAUACCGACAUCACUUAUAUUAGAUGUGUAAACUAGUUCAUUUCAAUAGAAAAUAUGAAUCACUUUUGUUUUGGUUUUAUAUUUAGAUUCGUUUUCUACUUGAUAUUCUUCUAUACAACUAUAUAUUUAGUCAGUGAACGAAAAGAUAGCUUUUUGUUAUUAUUAAAUAUUAGUGGUUUACAGUAAGUUUAUUUACGAAUUAAAAUAGUCUGUUUCAUUCCUUGAAUAUUUUAGUCCAAUACUUUAUUGGCUUUUCACUUAUAUAUUCGAUAUUAUUACUUCUAUUUUCUGGUUUUGUUAUUUACUUGCUAUGUAUUGUUUAUUUGAUGUUGCU